UCCAAAACCCUACUCUACACCCACAGCCACUGACACUUGCACAGACAUCCACACACAAUCAAUGGCGGACGACGAACAAGCGACGGUGGCCACCAGCAGGCGGCGGAGUCGAGGACCAGAGGCGUCGGCCCGUGCCGGAGCCCUCGAACGCCUCAAAGCUCUUCGCCAUGGUGGCCGCCGAUCUGAAGCUGGUGGGUUCCAAAUCAAGAUGGAGGACCGAAUCUAUGACACUGUCGGAGACGACGAGUACGACGCAAUCGUCGCCAAACGACGGGAAGAGGUCCGAGGCUUCAUCGUCGACGACAACGGCCUAGGUUACUGCGAUGAGGGCGAGGAAGAAGACUGGACUCGUGCCGGUCCGUCAUCGGAUGAAUCGGACGGUGGCGAUAGGCCCAAGAGGAAGAAAGUCGAAAAAAAGGAAAAGGAAAAGGACAAAGAGCCUCGGCCCAGAAAGCCCAGUUCGUCGCUCACUGCCGCGGCGGCGAUGAUGGGGAAGCAGAGGCUCUCGUCGAUGUUCACGUCGUCGGUUUUUGGGAAAAAUAGAGAUAAUGAGAGGGGGAGAGGAUUGAAUUGUGAUAGUAUUGUGGAUGAUGUGAUUGCGGAGUUCGCACCAGAUGAGGAUGACAGAGAGAAGCGGAGGAGGGGGCAAUCAAACAAGAUUUUGGUCCCGAAUUUGAGUGUUAAGAGUGAAAUUGGGUUUGAUAGGGGUGUUAAUUUAGCAAGGAACGUUGAAUUGGAUAGAGUUGUGGCAAAUAAUAGUGAUUCUUUGGUGGGUUCUGUGCAGAUUAAUGAAGGGUUUGAAGAAAAUGAGGCCAAGAAGGAGGUGGGUUUAGAAGUCGGUGAUCCCCCAAUUGAGCAAAGCCAUGAUUUUUCAGAGGGUGGAGGGGCAAUUGAGGAGAAAAAUGUGGAUUUUGUUGAGGAAAAAGUGGAACCUAUGAAGAAAAAGGAAGAGGUUUUCACUUUGAAUGCAAAGAUUAAGGAAGAUAACAAGGACCCGGCAUUGAGUGCUAUGGCGGGAUGGAAGGCGGUGAGGACUGGAGGUGAUGGGAAUAUUGGUGGUGGUGUUGUGGAGGCCAAUAGCGGCUCAAAUAGCGAAGAGAUUUCGCAAUGUGAUUUGGAAGAAGAUGGUUCACUGCCGUUUUACAUGAUUGAUGCUUAUGAAGAGUUCUAUGGUGCUAAUGUGGGCAAGCUUUAUCUGUUUGGGAAGGUCAAAGCAGGAAGCACAUACCAGAGUUGUUGUGUGGUUUUAGAGAACAUGCAGAGAUGUGUAUACGCAAUUCCAAAGAGUUCUGUAUUUCACAGUGAUGAAAUCAUGAAGCUUGAAAAGGAUGCCGAAGAGUCGAGGAUUUCAUCCAGAGAAUUCCGUACAAAGCUGCAUGAUAUGGCUUCGGGUUUAAAGAGCGACAUAGCAAAGAAGUUGUUGGAUCUCAAUAUAUCAGCUUUUAGCAUGGCACCGGUUAAGAGGAGCUAUGCAUUUGAGCGAUCUGACAUACCUGCAGGAGAGAAUUAUGUACUUAAGAUCAAUUAUCCAUUCAAGGAUCCCCCACUUCCAGCAGAUCUUGAAGGAGAAACAUUCCUUGCCCUUCUCGGAACACAUACCAGCGCUUUGGAGCUUUUUCUUGUUAAAAGGAAGAUAAAAGGCCCUUCUUGGUUAUCAGUUUCAGGUUCAGAGUUUCGUCCAGUUUCACAACGGGUAAGUUGGUGCAAAUUGGAGGUGGUUGUUAAAUCUGCAAAAGACAUACAGGUCUCAAAUUGCCCAAAGAAAACUGCAGAGGCUCCCCCAGUGGUUGUUACUGCAAUAAGUUUGAAAACUAUUAAUUUUGAUGAAAUUGUCUCUGCAUCUGUUAUCUGCUGUCACAAGGCCAAGAUUGACACUCCUGUGUUAGCAUCGGAGUGGACGAAACCUGGCAUGCUGAGCCAUUUUACUGUUGUCCGUAAACUUGAUGGAGGCAUAUUUCCAAUGGGCUUCACUAAGGAGGCUACAGAAAAGAAUUCUAAAGCUGGAUCAAAUGUUUUAAGCAUCGAAAGCACUGAAAGGGCUUUACUAAACCGUUUGAUGAUUGAAUUACACAAGUUGGAUAGUGAUGUUCUUGUUGGACACAAUAUAUCUGGGUUUGACCUGGAUGUCCUUCUCCGCAGAGCUAAGGUUUGUAAGGUGCCAAACUCCAUGUGGUCCAAAAUAGGCCGCCUUAAGCGUUCUGGGAUGCCUAACCUUGCAAAAGGAAGCUCCAUUUUUGGGUCUGGAGCAAGUCUAGGGAUCUUGUCCUGCAUUUCUGGUCGCCUUUUGUGUGAUACAUACUUGUGUUCCCGUGACUUAUUAAGGGAGGUUAGCUAUUCUUUGACACAACUUGCAAAGACUCAGCUAAAUAAAGACCGAAAGGAGAUCAUGCCACAUGAUAUUCCUAGAAUGUUCCAGAAAUCAGAAUUUCUAAUGGAACUGAUUGAAUAUGGUGAGACCGAUGCAUGGCUGUCUAUGGAACUCAUGUUUCAUUUGAGCGUUCUUCCCCUCACACGUCAGCUGACAAAGAUAAGCGGUAAUCUGUGGGGAAAAACCCUACAAGGUGCUAGGGCACAAAGAGUAGAAUAUCUUUUACUGCAUGCCUUCCAUGCAAAGAAGUAUAUUGUUCCAGACAAGAUUCCUCAUCUGAAGGAAACAAAUUCGGCAAAGCGUAAAACAGAUAAUGGUGUUGAUGAUAAAAAUGUUGAUGAGGUGGAUGUAAAUUUUGAUAAUGAGGCAAAGAAGGAUCAUGGGAAAGGCAAGAAAGGUCCUGCCUAUGCAGGUGGAUUGGUAUUGGAGCCAAAAAGAGGGUUAUAUGACAAGUAUAUAUUACUUCUGGACUUCAACAGUCUUUAUCCGUCUAUUAUUCAGGAAUACAAUAUCUGUUUCACAACAGUGGAAAGAUCUUCAGAAGGAUUGGCUCCUCGUUUGCCAUCUAGUAAAAAAAUUGGGCUUCUACCUGAGUUGUUAAAAGAUCUAGUUGAAAGGAGGAGAAAUGUAAAGAAAUGGAUGAAGACUGCAUCUGGUCUCAAGAUCCAGCAACUUGACAUUCAGCAGCAAGCUCUAAAGCUGACUGCAAAUAGUAUGUAUGGAUGCUUGGGGUUUCCAAAUUCGAGAUUUUAUGCAAAGCCACUGGCUGAACUUAUAACACUGCAAGGGAGAGAGAUUUUGCAAAGUACCGUUGAUCUUGUUCAGAACAAUUUGAACCUAGAGGUAAUCUACGGUGAUACUGAUUCAAUCAUGAUUUAUAGUGGACUGGAUGAUAUUGCAAAAGCAAAAGCAAUUGCACGGAAAGUCAUCCAAGAGGUUAACAAGAAGUAUAGGUGUUUGGAAAUUGAUCUUGAUGGGUUGUACAAGAGAAUGCUGCUUCUUAAGAAAAAGAAAUAUGCAGCUGUGAAGGUGCAAUUCAAGAAUGAGAUGCCCUAUGAGGUUAUUGAGCGUAAGGGUCUUGAUAUGGUUCGACGGGACUGGAGCUUACUUUCAAAGGAACUGGGAGAUUUCUGUCUAAGUAAAAUUUUAUCAGGAGGGUCAUGCGAGGAUGUUGUUGAAUCAAUUCAUGACGCUCUGAUGAAGGUGCAAGAGGAGAUGAGAAACGGACAAGUAGCACUUGAAAAAUAUGUCAUCACCAAGUCAUUGACUAAACCACCUGAAGCGUACCCAGAUGCCAAAAACCAACCACAUGUUCAGGUGGCAUUAAGAUUAAAGCAAAGUGGUUAUUCUGCUGGUUGUUCUGCUGGCGAUACAGUCCCUUAUAUCAUUUGCUGUGAGCAGGGGACUAGUAUAAGUAAUUCAACAGGGAUUGCUCAACGUGCUAGACAUCCGGAUGAAUUAAAACGAGAAGAUGGAAAAUGGAUGGUUGACAUUGAUUACUACUUGUCCCAGCAGAUUCAUCCUGUGGUAUCACGUCUUUGUGCUUCGAUUCAGGGUACCAGCCCCGGACGCUUGGCUGAUUGUUUAGGACUUGACUCUUCUAAGUUCAAAGGUAACUCAAGUGAAGCUGUUAGAGAUGAUCCUUCCAGCUUGUCCCUUCUUCUUGAUGAUGAAGAGAGAUUUUGCAGUUGUGAGCCUUUGAUCUUGGCAUGUCCUAGCUGCUCCAAUACUUUUAGUUGUCCAACUAUCUUGAAUUCCAUUUCCAAGUCAAUUACCGAAAAGCAAAGUAAGUCACAAGCCGAGGAAUCUACCAGCGAUUUUUGGCAUACACUACGCUGUUCAAAAUGCCCAGGGGAAGGAGACAUGGGCAGAAUGUCUCCUGUAAUGAUAGCCAACCAGGUGAAAAGGCAAGCAGACAGUUUUGUUUCAACGUACUAUAAGGGCUUUAUGACGUGUGACGACGAAUCUUGCCAAUACAACACACGAAGUCUCAACCUCCGGCUUGUUGGUGAUGCUGAGAGAGGAACAGUUUGUCCGGACUAUCCUCGCUGCAACGGACGUCUUGUAAGAAAGUACACGGAAGCAGAUCUUUACAAGCAGCUCUCCUUUUUCUGCCACAUCUUGGAUACAGAACGCUGCAUAGAAAAGAUGGAGGCUAGCACUAGACUGCCGGUAGAGAUGGAGUUGGCCAAAGUUCGGCCAAUCGCGGAUUUGGCUGCUUCAGCAGUUCAAAGGAUUCGGGACCGUUGUGCCUAUGGAUGGAUACAGCUGCAAGACCUUUGUGUUACAGUUUAAAUCUUUAAAGUUUUGCAGACCGCAGGGUUAAAGUUGAUUUGAUAAGCAACCUAUAAAACUCUUUUAGUCAUUCAUGUGUAUGUUUAUAGGUUGCUCAUCAGCAAUGUUGAUGUGCAAUUACUAAGCAGCAAUGUGUUUUAAGCAAUCUCUCGGAAAGUUAUAUAGGUUGAUAGUAUAUUGAGUAUUUAUGCUUUGUACUAGUAUAAUCAUGGCAGUUGGUGCUUCCCUGCUUUACAAUUUC